ACUAAAGCAGACACACUCCCAGAGUUCAGUGCUGUGGUUGUGGUUGAUGACAAACAGAUCAAACACUACAGUAAUGAAAAACGAGUCUGGAUUGUGACUGAAGAUGACUGGACUGAAGCUCCUGAGGAACCACCUGAUUCUAGAGACUGGUUCAUACAUCAGAACAGGACUCUGUCAAUCUGCGCAUACUCAGAGUGUUCUGAGCUCCAUGUUCUUCAGAGAAUAAUUGGCUGUGAACUGAAGAAAUGUCUUAAUGGAACAAUGACAAAUCUGACUGUCUUUGACAAAUAUGGAUUUGAUGGACAGGAUUUUAUAGACUUUAGUUCCGAUGCUCUGCAGUGGAUUGAUAAAAACCUCAAAGCCAAAGAAACUGAAAUGAAAUGGGAUCGGCAAACAGAACGCAUUGAACUCCUGCAGCAUUACCUCCAGACCUGCAUGAACUGGAUCUCCACAUUUAAUAUCACACAAAAGACUCCACCAGAUGUUCAUGUCUUUGCAGUGAAAGCUCCUGAUCAAAGCAAGCUGGUUCUGAGCUGUCUGGCCACUGGUUUCUACCCCAGAGAUGUUGAGAUGAACAUCAGAUUGGACAGAAUUAACACUGAAAACAAAACAUUAUCUGGAGUCAGACCAAAUGAUGAUGGAUCCUUUCAGAUGAGAACCAGUGUGAAGAUCGACAGAAACCACAAAGGAUCUUAUGACUGUUUUGUCAUUCACAGCAGCCUGACAGACUGUCUGGUCAUUCACAGCAGUCUGACAGAACCAGCUUCAACAAAUUGGG